AUGUCCUCCAUCGACAAAGAAGAGUUUGAGGUGUCCGAGAAAGCUGGCGACUUGCGCUACAUCCCAGGCUCCGAGGCAGAGAAGCGCCUCGUUCGCAAGCUUGACCUUCGCAUCAUUCCAGCCAUAUGGCUGCUCUAUGUAGCGUCCUAUUUGGAUAGGGCGAACAUAGGCAAUGCGGAGGCUGGGGGCAUGCAGGCGUCCUUGCACAUCACGGACUCCCAGUACUCCAUCAUCCUUCUCGUGUUCUUUAUCUCGUACAUCAUCUUCGAGGUGCCGGCGAACAUGCUCAUGAGCCGCAUCAGGAGACCGUCCCUUUACCUGUCUGGACUGUGCGUGGUUUGGGGUGGCGUGGCGGCCUGCAUGUCCGCAGCAAAGAGCUACCAGUCCCUGGCAGGCAUUCGAUUUUGUCUCGGAAUUGUGGAGGCUGGAUUUGCGCCUGGCGUUGCCUUCUACCUCUCGUCAUGGUACAAGCGUCGCGAGCUUGCGACACGAUACUCGAUGUUCUACACGGCAACUGCUGUCUCCGGCGCCUUUUCUGGUCUUCUUGCCGGUGUUAUUACGAAGUACCUUAAUCCCGCAAGAGGUCUCGAAGGAUGGCAAUGGUUGCUGCUCAUCGAAGGCGUAGGCGCAUCUUUCGUCGGUCUCCUGACGUGGUACAUCCUUCCUGACUGGCCCUCCACUACAUCUUGGCUUACGCCCGAAGAGCGCUUUAUCGCCACUCAGCGCCUGGAACUCGACGGAAUCGGUGGGACCAUGGGUUCUACUGAGAAACCCUCACACGGCACCGCGUUCAAGAUGGUCAUGUCUGACUGGCGCACGUACAUCCUUAUCGUGAUGUUCAUGCUUGCCACCGGCUCCCAGACGAUCCAGUACUUCGUACCGGCGCUCGUCGGCCAGCUGGGAUACACUGAUUGGAUGAAGCAGUACAUGACGAUCCCCGUCUACGCGGUGGCAUUUGUCUUCAUCCUCUUCUUUUGCCAUUUGUCGGAUCGCCGCGAGGAUCGCGCGACAUGGAUUACGUGCACCGCUGGCAUCGCAACAGUUUCAUUCAUCAUCACGGUCGCCGUGAAUAACAACAAGGUCAAAUAUGCCUUUCUCUGUUUCGCCGUCGGCGGUGUGUAUGCUGCAUGCCCGCUGACUCUUCUGUGGGUAUCCGGACUGGUCGCACACCCCGCGGAGAAGCGUGCAGUUGCAAUUGCAAUCGUCAACUCGUGUGGGAAUAGCGCCUCGAUCUACGGCUCUUUCUUGUGGCCAUCGACCACUGCGCCACGCUACGUCCAGGGUUUCGCCACAACGACGGUCUUCGUCGCGCUCCUUGCUAUCCUGUCCGAAGUCAACCGCUGGCUCAACAAGCGCUUCCCGCCGGCGGUUCUUGAGAAUUCUUCAGAGGUGAACGAGAAGGAAGAUAUGAUCUCUGUCUGA